AUGGCGCAAGCGAGUCCGAUCAACGAUGUGACCCAGCGUUUGUUCACAGACCUCAAGUCGAAGAAUGACGACGUCAAGUCGCGAGCUGCGUUUGAGCUUCAUGAUUACGUCGUGGCAGUCUCUCGAGAUUGGCCCUCGGAGAAGUUCAACGAGUACUACAAUCUCGUCAGUCAGAGAAUCGCGCAGCUAGUGGUCACGGGCAACGACGCCAGCGAGCGAGUUGGCGGUCUCCUAGCACUCGAUCGGUUAAUCGAUUUCGAUGGAGUUGACGCCGCCCAAAAGACUACCCGUUUUGCAAGCUACCUCCGCAGUGCCCUCCGAAGCAACGAUAAUGGUGUCCUGGUCUGCGCUGCCCGAUCGUUAGGGCGGUUAGCGAAGCCUGGUGGCGCACUCACAGCAGAACUUGUUGAAAGUGAGAUCCAAUCUGCUCUGGAAUGGCUUCAGUCAGAGCGACAAGAAAGCCGGCGGUUCGCUGCUGUUCUUGUCAUUCGGGAACUGGCUAAGGGCUCCCCCACCUUGCUUUAUGGAUUUGUACCCCAAAUUUUCGAGCUCGUCUGGGUUGCGCUCCGGGAUCAGAAGGUACUCAUUCGAGAGACAGCGGCGCAAGCGGUAGGAGAAUGCUUCGAAAUCAUCGUCGCUCGAGAUUCAUCAGUCCGACAGUCCUGGUUUGCGAGGAUCUACGAAGAAGCCUUGCUUGGUCUCAAGUCUCACAAUGUAGACUGGAUCCACGGCUCCUUGUUGAUUCUCAUGGAGCUUUUCUUGAAGGGCACGAUGUUUAUGAAGGAACACUACAGGAAUGCCUGCGAGAUUGUGCUGCGGCUCAAGGACCACCGGGACACCAAGAUUCGCACUCAAGUCGUCAUCACAAUUCCUAUUCUAGCAUCCUACGCACCUGCAGACUUUAUCGAGUCAUAUCUCCACAAGUCCAUGGUCUACUUGCAGGCUCAACUCAAGAAAGAGAAGGAGAGAAAUGCCGCAUUCGUUGCUAUUGGCAAGAUUGCCAAUGCAGUUGGACCAGCCAUCAGUGGCUAUCUUGACGGCAUCAUUAUCCAUAUUCGCGAGGGCCUAGCGAUGAAGGCAAGAAAUCGAGCAGGAAUCGACGAAGCGCCCAUGUUCGAAUGUAUCAGCAUGCUCUCUUUGGCAGUCGGACAGGUCCUCAACAGUCACAUGGAGCAACUUCUCGACGCAAUUUUUGCCUGUGGUCUCAGCAAAUCACUCACGCAGGCCUUGGUUGACAUGGCCCACUACAUUCCUCCCAUCAAGCCCACAAUCCAGGAUAAAUUACUCGAUAUGCUGAGCAUCAUAUUGUGCGGCACACCAUUUCGACCACUUGGGUGUCCUGAGAAUCGCCUUCCUCCGAUGCCUGCGUUUGCGAGAGACUUUGGUCCCCAGGAGAGCUACUCCGACUCCGAAAUUGCACUCGCCCUGCACACUCUUGGUAGCUUCGAUUUCUCCGGGCACAUUCUUAACGAGUUUGUGCGCGACGUUGCAAUCAACUACGUGGAGAAUGACAACCCUGAGAUUCGGAAAGCCUCGGCCCUCACAUGUUGUCAGCUCUUCGUUCAUGACCCCAUCAUCAACCAAACAAGCGGUCACUCAAUACAAGUCGUGAGUGAGGUCAUUGACAAACUCCUGACCGUCGGAAUUGGUGAUCCGGACUCCGAGAUUCGACGCACUGUGCUUUGGUCAUUGGAUCGAAAGUUCGACCGUCAUUUGGCUCGCCCAGAGAACAUUCGAUGCUUGUUCUUAGCCGUGAAUGACGAGGUGUUUGAGGUCAAGGAAGCGGCCAUUUGUAUCAUCGGUCGCCUCUCAAGUGUCAAUCCAGCCUAUGUCUUCCCUCCAUUACGGAAGUUGCUGGUUAAUUUGCUGACUGGGCUCGGGUUCGCCAACACUGCCCGUCAAAAAGAGGAAACCGCUCAGCUCAUUAGCUUGUUUGUUUCAAACGCGACGAAGCUGAUCAGGUCGUAUGUGGAUCCCAUGGUUUCAGCUCUGCUACCCAAAACGACCGACAGCAAUGCAGGCGUCGCCGCAACCACCCUCAAGGCAGUAGGAGAGCUCGCCAACGUGGGAGGGAAUGAGAUGAGAAGCUAUCUGCCCCAAAUUAUGCCAAUUAUCCUGGAAUCGCUACAAGAUCUGUCUUCUCACACCAAGCGCGAGGCUGCAUUGCGGACGCUGGGUCAACUGGCUGGCAAUGCUGGGUAUGUCAUUGAUCCAUAUCUCGAGUAUCCAAAUCUGCUUGAUGUCUUGAUCAACAUCAUCAAAACAGAGCAGACAGGAUCCCUGCGCAAAGAGACUAUUAAACUUGUGGGUGUCCUUGGUGCUCUUGAUCCUUACAAAUACCAGCAGAUCAGUGAUGUGGAGCCAGACGUUCACCACAUCAACGAGGUCAAGAAUCCGACAGAUGUUGCGUUCAUCAUGCAGAGUCUUACCCCAUCGAAUGAGGAGUACUACCCCACAGUAGUGAUUCACACGCUGCUGCAUAAUAUUCUUAAAGAAAACUCUUUGGUACAAUAUCACUCCGCCGUGAUUGAUGCAAUCGUCACCAUAUUCAAGACAUUGGGCCUCAAGUGUGUUCCAUUCUUGGGGCAAAUCGUCCCUGCAUUCAUCGCUGUCAUCAGAAGCUCGCCAGCUAGUCGCCUUGAAUCAUACUUCAACCAAAUGGCUAUCCUGGUCAACAUUGUGCGUCAGCACAUCCGCGCCUUUUUGCCCGAAAUCAUCGAUGUCAUUCGAGAGUUCUGGGAUGCAUCCUAUCAAGUUCAAGGGACAAUCUUAUCUCUUGUUGAGGCCAUUUCUAGAUCAUUGGAAGGAGAAUUCCGGAAAUAUCUUGCGAGAUUAAUACCCCUCAUGUUGGACACUCUCGAGAAGGAUACCACGCCCCGCCGGCAGCCAUCAGAGAAAAUUCUUCAUGCCUUCCUUAUCUUUGGGUCCAGUGGCGAGGAAUACAUGCACUUGAUUAUCCCUGCUAUUGUGCGCCUGUAUGAGCGCCCACAAAAUCCUCAGAGCAUUCGCAAAUCAGCCAUCGAUAGCUUGACAAAGCUCUCGCGGCAAGUCAACGUCUCCGACUUCGCCUCUUUGAUGGUUCACUCUCUUGCUAGGGUAGUUGCUAGUGGUGACCGUAUCCUACGUCAGGCCGCCAUGGACUGCAUUUGUGCUCUGAUAUUUCAGCUUGGGCAGGACUUUACCCACUUCAUUCACUUGUUGAGCAAGGUUCUGAAGCAGAAUCAGAUCGCGCACGUCAACUACCAGAUAUUGGUGACAAAGCUUCAAAAAGGCGAUCCACUCCCACAAGACCUGAACCCCGAGGAAAAUUACUCCUUCCCUUCGGAUGAUACCAAUUUCGCAGAGAUUGGACAGAAAAAAAUCGUUGUCAAUCAGCAGCAUUUGAAGAACGCUUGGGACUCGUCGCAAAAAUCCACGAGGGAGGACUGGCAGGAAUGGAUUCGCCGCUUCAGCGUCGAGCUCCUCAAGGAAUCUCCCUCUCCGGCGUUGCGAGCUUGCGCCAGCCUGGCAGGUAUCUAUCAGCCCUUGGCGAGGGAUCUCUUCAAUGCCGCAUUUGUAUCAUGCUGGACUGAGCUUUUUGACCAAUACCAGGAAGAGUUGGUGCGCUCGAUCGAGCGGGCUCUAAUAUCACCAAACAUAUCGCCAGAAAUCUUGCAGAUUCUUCUCAAUCUAGCAGAAUUCAUGGAACACGAUGACAAAGCUCUUCCGAUUGACAUUCGUACCCUUGGGAAAUACGCUGCUAAGUGUCACGCCUUUGCGAAAGCUCUACAUUACAAAGAACUUGAGUUCGAGCAAGACCAGAAUUCUGGCGCCGUUGAGGCUUUGAUUACGAUCAACAACCAGUUACAACAGUCUGACGCCGCUAUCGGCAUACUUCGAAAAGCACAAGCAUACCGCGACGUGGAGCUGAAGGAGACGUGGUUUGAAAAGUUACAGCGCUGGGACGAAGCUCUCGCUGCUUACAAACGGCGCGAAAAGACCGACCCAGAUUCAUUCGGCAUCACAAUGGGAAAGAUGCGCUGCUUACACGCUCUUGGUGAAUGGAAGGUCCUCUCCGAUCUCGCUCAGGAGAAAUGGAACCAAGCGUCUUUGGAGCAUCGCAGAGCUAUUGCACCCCUGGCUGCAGCCGCGGCAUGGGGUCGUGGUCAGUGGGAGCUGAUGGACUCCUACUUGGGUGUCAUGAAAGAGCAAUCUCCUGACCGAUCAUUCUUUGGUGCAAUUCUGGCCAUUCAUCGCAACCAGUUCGACGAAGCAAACAUGUACAUUGAGAAAGCACGGAACGGGCUGGACACAGAACUUUCUGCUCUGCUCGGAGAGUCAUACAAUCGCGCAUACAAUGUGGUUGUGCGUGUGCAGAUGCUUGCUGAAUUGGAGGAGAUUAUCACUUACAAACAACAUGUUGGUGACCCCGAAAAGCAAGAAGCGAUGCGGCAGACCUGGAACAAGCGUCUGCGGGGGUGCCAGCAAAACGUUGAGGUCUGGCAGCGUAUGUUGAAGGUUCGGGCUUUGGUCACCGCGCCCCGCGAAAAUCUCGACAUGUCGAUCAAAUUUGCAAACCUCUGCCGCAAAUCCAACCGGAUGGGUUUGGCUGAAAGAUCGCUGGCAUCCUUGGAGAUGGUCAUCAGAGAUGGCAACGGCACACGGGUGAUUGUACCUCCAGAGGUGACGUACGCCCGGCUGAAAUUUGGCUGGGCCAACGGUAAUCAGCCUGAAGCUUUGGAGGAGCUCAAAAGAUUUAACAUGGAGCUCAGUGAGGAUCUCACAAAGUUCAAUAGCAUCCUCGCCAUCCAGAAUGACAGUCACACCAUGAACGGCGUCAAUAGCCUCGCAGACCCUAGUCACCCGGACGCUAUUAGUCUCCGAGAACGCAUCGGAGACAUUGGGAAAACCAAGAAACUUCUAUCUAAGAGCUAUCUGCGCCAAGGAGAAUGGCAAAGAGCACUUCAAAGGGGCGAGUGGAACGCAGACAACGGCAGGGAGGUCCUUGAUGCGUACUCGGCUGCUACACAGUACAACCGUGAUUCUUACAAGGCAUGGCACGCCUGGGCCCUCGCCAACUUUGAGGCAGUCCAGACUAUGGAAAGCGAGGCCAAAAAAGCCAACAAGGAUAAGAAGAUCCCCGCCUUGCCUCCUUCUCAGGGACUGAUCGACCAUGUGAUUCCUGCCAUCCGCGGUUUCCUGAGGUCAAUUGCUCUAUCUUCUGCUUCUUCGCUCCAAGACACGUUACGAUUACUCACCCUCUGGUUUGCCCACGGCGGAGACCAUGAGGUCAACACAGUUGUGACCGAGGGCUUUUCGACUAUUAACAUUGAUACUUGGCUUUCUGUUACACCUCAACUCAUCGCCCGAAUCAACCAGCCCAACAUUAGAGUCCGUGGUGCGGUGCACAGGCUACUUGCGGAAGUCGGCAAGGCCCAUCCCCAGGCUUUAGUCUACCCGUUGACCGUGGCCAUGAAGUCCAACGUCGCGCGGCGCUCCCAGUCGGCAAGCAAUAUCAUGGAAAGCAUGCGCCAACACAGUGCCAAGCUCGUUGAACAGGCCGAUAUCGUUAGUCACGAAUUGAUCCGUGUUGCGGUGCUUUGGCAUGAGCUGUGGCAUGAAGCGCUGGAGGAGGCCUCGCGGCUCUAUUUCGGCGAUCGCAACGUUGAGGGGAUGUUUGCGACAUUGGCACCCCUCCAUGAUAUGCUCGAUAAGGGCGCGGAGACCCUCAGGGAGGUUUCAUUCGCCCAGGCCUUUGGACGAGAUCUUGCCGAGGCCAAACAUUACUGCAUGCUGUAUCGACAGACCGAGGAGAUUGGGGAUCUGAAUCAAGCGUGGGAUCUCUACUACACUGUGUUCCGCAAAAUAAGCCGCCAGCUCCCACAAUUAUCGGUCUUGGAUCUCAAAUACGUCUCUCCUCGCCUCAAGGAUUGUUCAGCCUUGGAUCUGGCUGUGCCUGGUACCUAUCAGAGUGGUCGUCCCGUCAUCUGUAUUGUCAGCUUCGACCCAGUCCUACACGUCCUACAGACCAAAAAACGCCCUCGUCGGAUGACCCUGACCGGAAGCAAUGGGCAAUCUUACAUGUACUGUGUUAAGGGACAUGAAGAUAUUCGACAAGACGAACGAGUUAUGCAACUAUUCGGGUUGGUCAAUACUCUUUUGGACAACGAUAGUGAAAGCUUCAAACGCCAUCUUUCUGUUCAGCGUUUCCCCGCUAUCCCGUUGUCACAGAGCUCUGGCCUUCUUGGAUGGGUGUGUAAUAGUGAUACAUUGCAUGCUCUGAUCAAAGAAUACCGUGAAAGUCGUCGAAUUCUUCUAAACAUUGAACACCGAAUCAUGCUUCAGAUGGCACCGGAUUAUGACAGCUUGACGCUGAUGCAAAAGGUUGAGGUCUUUGGAUACGCCAUGGACAAUACGACGGGCAAAGACCUUUAUCGGGUACUGUGGCUCAAGAGCAAGAGCUCCGAAGCUUGGCUUGAGCGACGCACCAACUACACCCGAUCCCUUGGUGUCAUGUCGAUGGUCGGAUACAUCCUUGGCCUCGGUGAUCGUCACCCGUCGAACCUUCUCCUUGAUCGGACCACUGGCCAUGUCGUACACAUUGAUUUCGGUGAUUGCUUUGAGGUGGCUAUGCAUCGCGAGAAAUACCCUGAGCGGGUCCCCUUCCGCCUGACUCGUAUGUUGACCUUCGCUAUGGAAGUGAGCAACAUUGAGGGAAGCUACCGUAUCACCUGCGAGGCGGUCAUGCGGGUUCUGAGGGAAAACAAGGACUCUCUCAUGGCUGUGCUCGAAGCUUUCAUCCACGACCCCUUGAUCAACUGGCGCCUGGGAGCACAAGAGUCUCCCGACCGCACUACUCUUACCGCAGAGCGCCGCCAGUCGCUGAUUGAAGGUCUCAACUUUGAGCAUGGCCUGCAAUCCAACAGUGUCGCCCGUCCCCGACGUCCCUCUAUUCUGGAGGGGGGUAUCCUCGACGUUCAAGAGGGCGGCACCGAAGCUCGUGAGGCUCAGAAUGCCCGUGCUCUGCAGGUCCUUGCCCGAGUUCGGGAGAAGCUGACCGGCACUGAUUUCCGACACAAUGGUGAGCUGAACAUCAGCGACCAGGUGGACAAAUUGCUCGCACAAGCUACCAGUGUUGAGAAUAUCUGUCAGCACUGGAUUGGUUGGUGCAGUUUCUGGUAG